ACCACACGCUAGCUAGUUUGAUCUCCCACACUGGCCAUGGCUAGUUUCGACGUCACCCCUUACAAUGGUGCCUCCGUGGAAAACACUAAGAUCCACUUCAAGAAGUUGUACUUGCGCCAAAACACUUCUGGACCAAACUCGAACCAGUCAAAGUUGAUAGACGGCGAUGUCGGCAGCGAGUUCGGGAGGACCGUCGUCACCAACUGGGCCAUCCACGACGGCUCGAGCCUAGAUGCCAUGGUGGUGGCCCGUGCGAGAGGCCUGCACGUGAACGCCGUUGACGACCACAGCUCAUUCACCAUGGUUUUCGAGAGUAAGAGGUUCAAAUGUUCCACGCUUGAGAUAAUGGGAGCAACUGCCCUGGGCCAAGGUGAUUGGGCCAUUAUUGGCGGAACCGGCCAAUUUGCAAUGGCGCGCGGCGUCGUCCAAAGAUUCGUGUACGAAAGAUCAGAUCACGGACAAGUAGUAGAGCUUGCUAUCGAAGCAUUCUGCCGCGCCAAGCUCCCAUGGCCAAGGGGAGAAGAUGGACCCAGGGCAGUUCUCACGGGCUUUAAACCUCAAUAUGACAAGCUCAAGCCCAGCCCGGCCCUGCCGGGGGUCUCAAAAGUCAAGCACAAGACCGGCCCAAUAUGCUUUGCAAUUCCCGCGUGCUGUAAACCUAAAUACCCCAAGCCCAGCUCGGCCCUGCCGACGGGCUCAAAACUCAAGCCCAAGCCCGGUCCAAAAGGCUUCGCAGUUCCCACGGGCUUUAAACCUAAAUAUGACAAGUCCAAGCCCAGCCCGGCCCCGCCGGCAGGCUCAAAACACAGGCCCAAGGCCUAGACCCUGGAUUUUCGGGCCGAACCGGAGAUGGUCAGAUAUAACUGUAAUAAGGGUCCUGUUUUGGGCCCAAUGUUACAGCGUGAUGGUUAAUUAGGAUCCGUCAUAUGCCCUUGUGAUCAUUGGCCCUUUUUACUUCCGAGCACUUUUGUUGUCACCAGUUAUGCCAUUUGUGUUCCGUGAGGAAUUAAUAAAGUUGUUGCUGCUUGUUGUCCA